CAUGAGGCUGGAACCGUACCUGCUGCUGCUGAUCUGCUGGAGCUCCACUGGUGCUGAGGCUGGAGCUGAAUGGGAGGCAGACCCGAGUUUUUGGAAUGACCAGGCCAGAAGAACGCUGGAGGACGCUCUGAAACUGCAGCCUCGGGUCCACCGGGCCAAAAACAUCAUUCUGUUCGUCGGUGAUGGUAUGGGAGUGUCCACUGUGUCUGCAGCCCGAAUCCUGAGAGGACAGAUGGAGGGCCAGUCAGGGGAGGAGACAGUUCUGGCUAUGGAUACCUUCCCUUACCUCGCUCUGUCAAAGACCUACAGUGUGGACAAGCAGGUUGCGGACAGCGCCAGCACAGCCACGGCGUAUCACUGCGGGGUCAAAGCCAACUCCAAAACCGUGGGUGUGAGCGCGAACGCCGUGGCCUAUGAGUGCAACACCACCUUCGGGAACGAGGUCUACUCCGUCCUGCACCGCGCCAAGGCUCAAGGGAAGUCUGUGGGCAUAGUGACCAACACUCGCGUCCAGCACGCCUCUCCGGCCGCAGCGUAUGCCCACUCGGUGAGCCGUAGCUGGUACAGCGACGUGGAUCUACCCUCUGCUGCCCGCCGGCAGGGCUGCACCGAUAUCUCCACACAACUGGUCACCAACACAGACAUCGACGUCAUUCUCGGAGGUGGACGGAUGUAUAUGACGCCCAAAGGCACCCCGGAUCCAGAGUACCCGUCAUCAUCCUCACGAAAAGGAGACCGGAAGGACAAGAAGAACCUCAUUGAGGUCUGGCUGAAUGACCGCAAGGACAGGAACGCUCAGUACGUUUGGCACAAGGAGCAGUUCAACGCUGUGGACGUCAAAACCACAGACUGCCUGAUGGGUCUGUUUGAACCCAAGGACAUGAGAUAUGAGGUGUUCAGAAACCGCAGCCGUGACCCCUCCAUCGUGGAAAUGACCGAGAAGGCCAUUCAGAUCCUCAGCAAGAACCCAAAGGGCUUUUUCCUCUUUGUAGAAGGGGGGAGAAUUGAUCAUGGGCAUCAUGAUGGCAUCGCUAAACUGGCCCUGACGGAGACGGUGAUGUUUGACAGGGCGGUCCAGCGAGCAUCUGAACUGACCAAAGAAUCCGAGACCCUGACUGUGGUGACUGCGGAUCACUCACAUGUCUUUACAUUUGGUGGGAACACACCCCGGGGGAACCCCAUAUUUGGUUUGGCACCUAAAAAGGCUGAUGACAGACUCCCCUUCACCAGCAUCCUGUACGCUAACGGGCCGGGAUACGUACACGUGAACGGGACGAGGGCGAACGUCUCGGCGGUGGACUACUUUGAUGAGGAGUACAUGCAGCAGGCCGCCGUUCCAUUAGACGCCGAAACUCACGGAGGAGAGGACGUAGCCAUUUACGCAAAGGGCCCCAUGGCCCACCUGUUCCACGGAGUGAAGGAACAGCACUAUGUAGCUCACGCUCUGGCCUACGCAGCCUGUCUGGAACCGUACACGCACUGCCCCCCUGACCCCUUGCAGUCGGGGACUCACGGACACCCCCUCUCCACUCUGCUCAUAUCAGUAACCAGCCUGAUCUGCCUCGUCACCAGAUGACAGCGUCAGUAACAGUAAUCAGUGACACAUCAGUGACUGCAACUCAGGCCUGUUUUUAUAAGAAUCCAUGUUUCUCUGUUGUUGUUGCUUUUGGUUUUAUUUUAUGGAACACAUAUUGGGAGUUUAUUAAGGCCUUAUUCUAUUUUUAGUGAAAAAAUUAAACGUUUACUCACUGUACGUUAAGCUUUAUUCAUUAUGACUGUAUUAGUACAGUCGUAAGUUUUCUGAAUAAAUAACGACACCUUAAACCAUCAAUAUGUGUUCCUUAAAAAGUGUUACUUUGUUACACAAUUUGAAAAAACGAGCUGCUCUUUACUUUGUUUAUUUUCAUUUGACCAAUAGAAUAGGUCAGAGACUACAGACCAAUGGAAACGGACAGGCGACAAAUUAAAGGAAUUAAUGAGCAGAGGAACAUAAUCAAGUGUAGGUAUAUCUAGACAGGUGUUCUGCAUAACACAAUAAAGCAAUGAACAUCAUCCCAUGGAAAAUGGAAGCAUCUAGGAGGAUCAUCAGCUCAGCCAAGAAGCUGUAGAUCACACAAACUCACAGAGCAGGACUGCCAAGCGCUGAAGCAUUAAGUGUGUAAAAAUCACCUUUUU